AUGUUCUUUGUCAAGGGUGAAAUGGUGGAUCGGAUCGAGUAUAAUGUGGAACAUGCGAAGGAGUUUGUUGAUCGGGCGGUGGCGGACACCAAAAAAGCCGUUCAGUAUCAAAGCAAAGCACGACGGAAAAAGAUCUGCAUAAUCAUAACAGUAAUUGUGAUACUACUCAUCAUCAUUCUCGUCAUCAUCAUUUGGGUUGCGACGGCGAACGCAAGCACUCCGUCAUUGCCUAAGGUGGACGUAGACCAGUCGUCUCAGAGUGGUAGAGUUAAGAACGACAAGGAUGAUGCGCAUCAGCGUAAGAAGAUCAUAAUACUCAUCAUUGUCGUCAUCCUCAUAGCCAUCGCAGCGCUAAUUAUUAUGAGUUUUAUUCCUGGAAUAUAA